AUGGCCCCGCAGAGAGCAGUGCAGCUGUCCCUGGAGAAGCCCACCUAUGCUGUGUGUGUGGUGGGAGUGGAGACGCAUGUGGACGUUCACAGGGACGUUCCCGAGGGUGCCAAGACCUUCGGGGUCUCCGGGAGCCCCGGCGUGGAGGUCUUCGUGGCCUAUGACCCCACGCAGGUGACAGAGCCUGCGGGCAAGACCCACUGGCCCCUGGAUGCCAGUGUGGAUGUGGUCUUGUCCGUGGGCACCGCCAGCAAGGACUUACAUGACUUGAAGGUAAAGGUCUCCUACUUCGGGCAGCCGGAGGCGGGCGCCCUGGCCCACAGCGUGCUCUACCUCACUGGCGUGGAUGUUUCCCUCGACGUGGACUUGGGCCGUACCGGCAAGAUGAAGAGAAGCCGCAGGAACAAGAGAACCUGGCACUGGGGCCCUGAGGGCCAUGGGGCCGUCCUGCUGGUGAACUGCGACCGGGACAGCGACAGGUCCAGGGACCCCGACCUCGAUGACGGCCAGCUGACGUCGCUGGCCGACCUGAAGGACAUGUCCCCCAUGGUGCUGAGCUGCGAAGGCCCGGACAGCGUCUUCGACAGCCACAGGCUGGUCUUGAACGUGCCCUCAUCUGAUGCCAAGAGACUGCGGGUCUUCUGUGCCCGGGGUGGGGUGUCCCUCUCGGACUACAGGCAGGUGCUGGGGCCCCGGCUCCUGUCCUACGAAGUGGAGCGGCAGCCGGGGGAGCGGGAGGUGCGCUUCCACGUGGAGGGGCUCGCCUUCCCCGACGCCGACUUCGCAGGCGUGGUCUCCCUCAGCGUGAGUCUGCUGGACACCAGGCCCCUGGCCGAGGUGCCCGUCUUCACAGACACCGUGACCUUCCGCGUGGCCCCCUGGAUCAUGACCCCCAACACCCAGCCCCCCCUGGAGCUGUAUGUGUGCAGCGUGGUGGACCCGCACGGCUCCAAUGAGAAGUUUCUGGCCGACCUGGCCUCGCUGGCGUCGAAGGCCGACUGCAGGCUGGUGGUCUGCCCGCGGGCGGAGAAUCGCAAUGACCGCUGGAUCCAGGACGAGAUGGAGUUUGGCUACGUGGAGGCCCCGCACAAGUCCUUCCCCGUGGUCUUUGACUCGCCCCGGAACAGAGGCCUGAGGGACUUCCCCUUGAAGAGGAUCCUGGGUCCUGACUUUGGAUAUGUGACCCGGGAGACCCUAACUUCCGGCGCCUCCAGCCUCGACUCCUUCGGCAACCUGGACGUCAGCCCGCCCGUCACGGUGGGCGGCAAGAACUACCCCCUGGGCCGGAUCCUCAUCGGCGGCAGCUUCCCCAGGUCCGGCGGGCGGCAGAUGGCCCAGGCGCUGCGCAGCUUCCUGCAGGCCCAGCGGGUGCAGCCGCCCGUGGAGCUCUACUCGAGCUGGCUGUCCGUGGGCCACGUGGACGAGUUCCUGAGCUUCGUGCCCACCUCCGACCCGAAGGGCUUCCGGCUGCUCCUGGCCAGCCCCAGCGCUUGCCUCCAGCUGUUCCACAAGAAGAGAGAGGAGGGCCACGGGGAGGCGGCCCAGUUUGAGGGGUUAAAACACAAGGCAAACAGAAGCAUCAACGAGAUGCUGGCAGACAAGCGUCUCAGGAGCGACAAUCUCCACGCACAGAAGUGCAUCGACUGGAACCGCGAGGUGCUGAAGCGGGAGCUGGGCCUGGCCGAGAGCGACAUCGUGGACAUCCCGCAGCUCUUCACCCUGAAGGGCUCCUACGCGGAAGCCUUCUUCCCCGACAUGGUGAACAUGGUGGUGCUGGGCAAGCACCUGGGCAUCCCCAAGCCCUACGGCCCCAUCAUCGACGGCCGCUGCUGCCUGGAGGAGAAGGUGCGGGCGCUGCUGGAGCCGCUGGGCCUGCACUGUGUCUUUAUCGACGACUUCCUGUCCUACCACGAGCUGCUCGGGGAGAUCCACUGCGGCACCAACGUGCGCCGGAAGCCCUUCGCCUUCAAGUGGUGGCACAUGGAGCCCUGA